AUGUCCUUGUCAAAUCGUCCUUGGAAUCAUUUCAGUCCCCACUAUUCAUUCCCGGAAAAACACAAGUUUGACGUCUACUAUCGGGAAGCUAUCGCUCUUUCCCCCGCUCUGCUUCCCCUAGGUGAUACACCCGUCAUGAGUAACUCUGCCAACAUGAAUGCCCUCUCUCCCGAUGAGAUGGAGAGAUUCCAGAAACUGUCAAAUGAAUUUGAGCCAGACGUUCAGGGUCCUCUUGUCUCCAAUAAACAGUCAAGUCAUAGCAUUGCCCUCGACUAUGCCAAUGCCGACCCUACUCUUGUAACUAAGACAAGUGCUCUGACAGUUACCCAUCCCAUGACUCGAGUAAUGAAAGGCGAUGGGAAUUGUGGCUGGCGAGCUGUGGCUUUUGGUUAUUUCGAAACCCUCUUCACCCUUCGAGACUACAUACGUGUGCAGCAGGAACUCGCCCGAAUUAAGUCACUCAGCACUCUUCUCGACCAGGUUGGCCAGUCAGAACACCUAUAUGAGAUAUUCGUGGAUGCCACCGAAGAGAUCUUCGCACAAACCCUCGCUGCCAUUCAGAAUGGCGAACAAGACGAGACUUUUCUCGUCAAUGCAUUCAACGACGAAUACAGUUCGAAUGCCGUCAUCACACACUUCAGACUUUUGACCAGUGCUUGGAUGAGACUCAACCCACAUCGAUAUCAAGCUUUUCUCCCCCUCCCUUUAGAUCAGUACUGCAGCACGCGGAUAGAAACGGUCAGAAGUGAGAUCGACGAGUAUGGCCUGCAAGCCUUGGUUGACGGCGUUAUUGAAAAUGCCGGGUUCGGAGUCGAGAUUCUCUACCUCGACCGAAGUGAGGGUGAUACCGUGACGCCGCAUCAGUUAUCUCCAAAUUGCCCUCUUGGAGCCACAAUAAGAUUACUAUACAGGCCCGGCCACUACGAUAUCCUCUACCGCGCCGAACCAACUGUAAACAUGGCUCCCGUGGUCAACUACCAAUACGGAAUGACAUCUAACUAUUCCCCCUGGGACCAAAGUGCUCUCUCAUUUGAUGUUAGCCCACACCUAAUGUCCAUCCCAAAUCUCAUGACCGACCCUGCUUUCGCAAUGGCUCCAAUGUCCCCCUUGUCUUCCGUCUCCCCAACUCCAGCCAGCCCAUUCCCCGUCUCUCCCCCUCAGGAAAUGUACCAUUCGCCCAUGCAGAGCCACUCUCGCAUUCCCUCGCUCCCCGUCUCAUCAUCUCCACUGCCCUCAGCACCACCGCCCAUGACCACCUUGCCGAGUAGGUCAACAGAUGGACCACAGAUCCGUUUAAAUCCACUGGUCAUGAAACCAAAUCUAAGCCAUUCGCUUCCAGUGACGACUCCUUUUAAAAAGUCAGUAUCCUUUUCGUUUUGUUUUCCCCCCUUCUUCUCUUUUUCUUGUCGGAGAGGAGGACACUUUCAUUAA